UCUGUUAGAAAAAAACCAGCAGAAAGAGGCGUAAUCGUCAGUCGACGCUGAGAAAAUUAUUAAAAUUAACAUGCGUUAACCUUGUUGGGAAAAUUACCUAUAAGGAACAUCAGCUCUUCAAACAUGGAAAACGGAUUUUCAAUUCCUUUUUGUACGUGUUUCGUGGCUCUCUUUGUCUGUCCUAUGACAAUCUAUUGUGCAGAUCUCACCUACAAUGUUCCAGAAGAAAUAAAACGCCAGUAUGUGAUCGGAAAUGUAGCCAAGGACCUCGGGAUUACUGUAAAACAAUUAUCUGCUCGAAAACCUCGGAUAGACACAGAGGAUAACAUCCAACGGUAUUGUGAUAUUAAUCGAAAUAAUGGAGAAUUAACUGUUGCAGAGACAAUAGACCGGGAGCAGCUUUGUGGUUUUCAGAUUCCCUGCAUUCUCAGUUAUGACCUUGUUCUAGAAAAUCCUCUUGAGGUGCAUCGCAUAUUACUGCAAGUUGAGGAUAUAAAUGACAACGCACCCCGAUUUCCAAAUGAACGCAUUAAUUUUGAAAUCAGAGAAUCAGCAGAUAAAGGUCAGCGAUUCCGGUUACAUGAGGCACAUGAUUCAGACAUUGGACAUAACGCAGUGAAGAGCUACUCACUACAGAAAAAUGAACAUUUUAUAUUGACUGUACACGACUCUGCAGAUGGAGGAAAAUACGCUGAACUCGUACUGGAAAAGGAACUGGAUCGUGAACAACAGAAAGAGAUAGAAAUGAUACUCACAGCAACUGAUGGUGGUACACCACAGAGAUCUGGUACUGCUGUCAUACACAUUACUGUUCUAGAUGCUAAUGAUAAUGUACCAGUAUUCAGUCAAUCUGUUUAUAAGGUUACUCUGCCUGAAAAUACACCGUCAGGUACAUCAGUAAUCACAGUGAGUGCCACAGAUGCUGAUGAAGGUCCAAACGGAGAAGUAUCAUAUGAAUUCAGCAGGAUAUCAGAUAAAGCUGCGAAAAUAUUUUCUAUAGACAAGACAACAGGACAAAUUUUGGUGAUCGGAGAAAUUGAUUAUGAAAACGAAAAAAAAUUUGAGAUGGGAGUUCACGCCCAAGAUGCCUCUGGAUUAUCAUCAACUGCUAAAGUGAUCAUAGAUAUAAGCAGGGCCGCCUUAACCUAA